CACAAACGCGCCCACACGCUGCUGAUCAUCACAUCCACACAACCACACAACCAAAACAACAACCAGAGCAACCAGCACAGCAACAACGCGCGCCUGCGACGCUCCAGCAAAGCAAGUCAAGCCAAGCCAAGCCAAGCCAAGCACAGAGCAAGCAAUCGAGUAAGGAAGACCACAGUUCUUCACGCGUCUUCAUUACUUCCCCUUGCACGUCCUCUUCUUACGCGAUGGGCAACGGUGGGAUCCGCGCCGAGUACGUGAACGGCCGGCGGCAGGCCUUGGAGGAUGACGCCAAGCAUCAGGCCGUGUACGAGAGCCUGGCCCAGCCACCGCGGUUCGUUGCGCCAUACCAGGCUGGCGAAACACGCGCCAGCUCCACGAGCGAGCGCUUUCACGGCGUGGGCCGCAGCGCCAGCGACCUCGAUGCUGCUGGCGGCCGUCGCAUCAGAACAAUCUCCGGCCCGGCCGUGCCAACCCUUGCGGAGGGCGCAAGCGGCCCCGGUACACAGCAGCCAUCACAUGCGACGUCUGCCACCUCCCUCACGCCAACCUCCUUGCUGUUUGCAGAGGGCGUGAGCACGCCAGGCAGCGGAAAGAGCAGCCCCAUCAAGCAGCAGAGCGACCCCGGGAUGAUGUCAGACCAGUCACCGGGGCGCCCCGUGAAGCGCGAGCGUGUUCGGUGGCGUGUGCGUGGCCACCGCCCAAGCCGCGCCAAGGCAGAGCCGCGCCGGCGGUCUCAGCAAGGUCGCUCCAUGUUCCACCAACAACAACAACAACAACAGCAACAGCAGCAGCAGCAACAGCCGCAAAGGAAGAGACAGCAGCAACAGCAGCAGCAACAGCAGCAGAAGAAGCGCUGGUUCUUCAAGCGCACGCGGUCCAUGCCCCAGCUGCGCUUGCGGCCACCGCCAAUGACUGCGGUGCUGGACAGCCACGCGAGCGCGGCAGAGGUGCACGACGCAGAGGAGGCGCGCAAGCGGGCGCUGAGGGAGCUUGGGCAGCAUCAGCGGACGCGUGUGCACAGCCACAGCACAACACGGUCUGGCACGCCAUCGACGUCGGCCAACCUGAGCAGCACCAGCAUCAAGGACGCAGCAACUGCUGCUGCCGUCACAAGCGGUGGUAGUGGUAGUGGCGGCGUUGGUGACGAUCAAGGCGGCACGCGACCGUACGCGAGCGCACAUGAUCAGGAGCUGGCGAUGCUGCUCGGGGAGGAUCUGCAAAUUGAUUGGAAUUACGGCGACAACCAGCAGCAGCAGCAGCAGCAGCAGCAGUGGCAAAGGGAAGAAACGAGCCCAAAGAAGGAGGAGGAGGAGGAGGAGGAGGAGGAGGAGGAGGGCACAGGUGAAGAGGCGAAGGAGAGCCGCGAACGCAUCGAACAAGUGGAAAUGCAACAACACGAAGAGACGGUCGGCGGAUUGGAGGAGGAGGAGGAGGAGGAAGAAGAAGAACAAGAUGAGGAGGAUGAAGGUGGUGAGUUGGAAUGGGGUGAUGCGUAUGAAGAGGAGAGGGUGAGUCGAUUGGAUGAGAUGGACGAUGAUGUGACGGCAAGCAAGCGCGACAGAUCAGGGUCUGCUGUUCGUGAUCCCAGCGUCGUUGUCGACCCCGUCAACACCGCCCUCACAGCACAGGAACGCGAGCUGAUUGACGAGAACUGCGUGAUCAGCAAAGUGCUCGUCAUCAACACCGGCGGCACCAUCGGCAUGAAACGCACGCCAGACGGGUUUGCGCCGUAUCCAAACUUCCUGGAGGAAUACGUCCGCCAGACGCCGCUCCUCAACGACGUCAGAUACUCCCGCCUCUUCCCAGAAUACGCAGACGGGUGCGUGACUCCUGCAACGAGCCUGCGAGCGAACGAGUGCUUCAGCCGCCGCGUGUACUACGAAGUCAUCGAAUGCGAUCCACUGCUCGAUAGCAGCAACAUGGAUAUGACGGACUGGGCGCAGAUUGCGAGCAUGAUCGCCGACAACUACGACGCGUACCAAGGAUUUGUUAUCUUACACGGCACGGACACAAUGUCCUACACGGCCUCCGCCCUCUCCUUCAUGCUCGAGAACUUGGGCAAGAGCGUCGUCGUCACAGGCGCGCAGCGCCCGAUGAGCGAGAACCUGAGCGACGGGUAUUCGAAUUUCAUGGGUGCACUGACUGUUGCCGGAUACUUCAACAUCCCGGAAGUCACCAUCCUCUUCAGCAGCAAACUCUACAGGGGCAACCGCACUACAAAGGUGACGGCGUUUUCACUGGACGCGUUUGACUCUCCAAACUACCCUCCCCUCAUGGAGCUUGGAGCAGGCAUUUCGCUUCGACGCGACUUGGUAUUCCCAUGCAAGACCCUUGCCAAGUUUCAAGUCCACCACAACCUCAUUCCAAACGUUUCCAUCAUGAGGCUGUUCCCUGGCAUCACAGUCGACACCGUGGAGAGUUUCCUCAAGGAACCAACACAAGGCGUUGUGAUCCAGUCGUAUGGCUCAGGAAACGGCCCGGACACACGUACGGACAUCUGGUCCGCCUUCAAGGCGGCGAUCUCGCGUGGUGUCAUACUCGUCAACUGCACCCAAUGCGCACACGGCACCGUCACAGACUCGUACAAGGCGGGUCGAGUGCUGAGUGCGGCGGGUAUCAUUCCAGGUGCGGAUAUGACACCGGAGUGCGCCCUCACAAAACUGAGCUACGUCCUCAGCAUGACGGACAAGACGUAUGCGGAGAAGUGUGCGAUUAUGCGGCAAAAUCUGCGCGGAGAGUUGACGACAGAUCCGGAGGAAGUGGAGGAGUCCAAGCUUGAUCCGAUGCUGGCACAGCUCCAUCCAGACAUUCACCCGACGCUGCUCUGCGUCGCCGCUUCAGAGGGCAACAUCGAACGCCUCCAGAAAUUGCUGGACGGCGGGUUAUCGCUGCUGCUGUACGAUUACGACAUGCGCACACCACUGCAUCUCGCGUGUGCUGAGGGCCACAUCGACACCGUCCGCUUUCUGCUGCGUCACGGCGCCUCCGUGCACGCCGUCGACAGGUUUGGGCGAACACCGCUGAUGGAUGCGAUUCUAAAUACGCAAUUGGACGUCAUUGAACUUCUCGUCUGCACUGGCGCUACGCUCCAAAUGUCCGAUGUGGAAGUUGGAUCCGUCCUGUGCCGGCUCACCAGCCAGGAGAAGUUCCCUGAGAUUACGGCGUGGAUUGCAGCGCGCGCGGACUGCAACUGCAAAGACUACAACGGCCAGACGGCCCUGCACGUCGCUGCAAAGCUCGGAUUCGGGCGCAUUGCGGAACUGCUUGUGACGAACGGCGGCGCUGAUCCGAACAUCCCCGACGAGGAGGGGCGCACUCCGCUCACGUUGGCGAUUGCGUAUGAUCGCUUUGACAUUACGGAGUUUCUGAUGCGGCAGGAGCAGCUGCAAGAUGACAUCUUUGUUGUGUAGACAGCACUUGCCCGAGCCGAUGAUGUGACAAGCACCACGCCAGUGGAUGCUGUAAUGUGACGCUCGCAACAUGCUCACAAAGUGCUCGCAACAGCGCACAUUUCAUGUGGUGAUGGCCCCACAUCACAUCACGAAUCACAAUUGCAUCGCUGGUAGGACUGUCGUUGUCGUUGUUGUCGUCAUUGUCGUUGUUGUUGUUGUUGUCGUUGUUGUCGUUGUUCCUUGCAAUGUGCUGCCAUUCAAUGUGUUGACGCAUGAUGGCUCCGCACAUAUCACCCACUCAAUCGUACGUCCAGGUGCCAACACUUGGUUUCUAUCUCUUCUCUGCUCGUGCCUCUCAUUAGCCUUGGUCGUUUCGCGCCGGUUCAUUUCAUGCGUUCCACUGCCCCUAGCUGUGCUGUUUCCUGGCAUUGUUUCUUCAAGCAUGUGCAAUGAUGACGCUGUUUGUCCUUGCGUCAUGUUGAGGCUCAUCACGGCCUCACACCUCGCUCAUCUUCUUAGGUCUGGUUGUUUCGCUCUCAGUCAAGUUUGGUAGCUCUCAUUCAUAUGUAUGUGUAGGUGCUUGUAUGUGUAGGUGCACACGUGCGAGUGCAUGAAUGCGUGCGAAAGCGCAAAAAGUGCAUGGUACGUGUGUAUGUGUGUGCGUGUGUGUGUGUGUG